AUGUUUAAGAAUAAUAAUAACGGUAAUGGUAAUGAUAAUGAUAAUGAUAACGAUAACAGUAAUGGAAAUGAUAAUGACAACCGCAAUGGCAUGAUCAACGACAAUGGCAACUGUAACGACAACGACACCGACAACAAUAACUGUAACGACAACGGUAACGAUAACGGUAAUGAUAAUGGUAAUGGUAACAGGAAUGAGAACGUGAACAAUAACUGUAACAACAAUGGUAACAGGAACAAUAACAACAACGGUAAUGACGACGAUGACGUUGACAGUAACAGUGAUGGACAUGGUGACGAUGACAGUGAUGGUCAUGGUGACGGUCACAGUAACAAUAGCGGUAACGAUAGCUGUAAUUGUAACUGUAACGGUGACGGUGAAGGUGAUGGUGACGAUGAUAGUGACAGUGACGAUGACGGUGAUAGUGUUGGUGACGAUGACGGUGACUGUGCUGGUGACGAUGGAACCAACAUAACUGGUGAUAGUGGGAGCAACAAUGAUGGUGCGAUGGCGGUGACAGUAAUCGUGAUUGUGAUGGUGACAAUGAUGAUGACUCACGGUGACUGUGAAAGUGACGGUGAUGAACAUUGUGACGGUGACGGUCACAAUAACAGUAAUAGUCACUGUCAUUAUGACGGUCACGAUAAUAGUAAUGAUAACGAUAACAGUAAUGGUAACGGUAACGAUGUCUAUGACAAUGACGGUGAUGGUGAUGAGGACAAUAACAAUGACGGUGACAAUGCGAUGACGGUGACAAUGACGGUGAUAGUGACAGUGGCAGUGACGGUGACAGUGUGGUGGCAGUGA